AUGACACCUAAGGAUAGACAUGAUGAAGAAAGAACUCAUUUAUUGAAUGAUGAACAACAACAUCAUCAUCACAACCACAACCAACAUUCUACAACAAAUGACUCAGAUUCAGAAGAUGACGAUGAUGAUAUUAAAUUUAUAAAAUUACAAAAUAAAAGAAUUAAAAAUUUCCCAUGGUAUAGAAAACCAAGUGUUUACUCAAUAAUUUUUUUAGUUGGCUUUUUGACAUUUAGUUCAUCAAGUGCAGAAGGUGCAAGACAAUCAAUCAUAUAUUCCAAAGCCGCCAAUUCUACUUCUUCAGAUCAUUCAAACCAAGCUCAAUUAGUUGCAUCCUUUAAUCAAUAUUUAUUAGUAGGUACUACUGCAUUUUCAUUAAUUCCAAUUGCAAAAUUUGGUGAAAUCUCAUCCAUAGUUGGAAGAAAACCAUUUUUUGUUGCAUUAAUUUUAUCAAUCACUAUUUCAAGAAUUUUACAAUAUUUGGUAUUAAAUUAUAAUUCAGAUUUAAAAUUUAAGUUAUUAUUAGCAGCAAAUUAUAUUUCUGCAAUUAGUGGAUCAUUAAGUAUAAUUACACCAUUAUCAGAUUCAUAUAUAACUGAUUUUACAUUACCUAAAAAUAGAGUUUAUAAAUUAUCAUUAGCUUCUGCUUCAACAUUUAUUGGACAAACUUUUGGACCUAUAUUUGGAAGUUUUAUUGUUGGAUUAGGUGGUAAAAAAUACCAACAAAAACAUGGAAAUUUUAAUGCAUUGAAAUUUGAAAUUGGGAUAUUGAUUGUUUUAUGUGCUUAUGUAGUAACUUUAUUUCCUGAGUCAAGAAAUGAAAAAGCUAUUGAAAAAUCAGAACAAAGAUUAUUAGAGCAUGCAGAAGAAGAAGAGGAUUUGCAUGUUACCCCAAAUGAUGAAGAAACUAAAGAUAAAAUUAUAUUUUCAGAAAUUUUAAAGUCAAGUUUGAACAUCAUUGAACCAUUGAAGAUCUUAACAUAUCCACAAAAGACAGCCAAAAUUAAUAAUAAGCAUCGUUAUGAACAAUUGAAAUAUGUAGUUAUGGGAUUGAUCUUUACAUAUGCUACUUAUCAAACUUUAAUUUUUACAUUGAAUCAGAUUGUUAUACAAUAUGGUCAAUACGCAUUCAAUUGGUCAGCAGAUAAUAUUUCAUAUUUAUUAUCAAUAAUAUCUAUAUCAAGAUCAGUGUCUUUAGUAUUUAUACUACCAGUAUUUGAAAAAACGAUAUUAAAAAAAUGGCUUGGAUUCAAACCUUUAAAUUAUUCUUUCGAUAUGAUCGAGUACGUAUUAAUAGUGGCAGGAUUAUUAGUUGGAUUAUCAGUAUUCUUAGCAUUCUUUAUGGCCAAAACAACAUUUCAAUUUUAUUUAACUGCAAUUUUUUUCUCAUUAGAUGCAUUAAUUCAACCAGUUUUUGAUUCAACUAUAAUAAAAUUUUUCCCAAGAACUUCAAAUAGUCAAAUUUAUGGAGCUAUAACUUUAUUUAUUUCUUUAUUGAAUUUAAUAUCUCCAAUUUUAGUUACAUGGGUUUAUAAAUUUUCAUUAUUCGUUAAUCAUGCUAAUUUAAUUUAUUUAUUUUAUGGAUUUUGGAUGUUGGUAUUUACUGUGAUUGUUUAUUCUUGUAAAAGAGUUUUAAAAUUAGAUAGAAAUACUACUGACAAGGAUUUAAAAAGGAUAUUUCAAUCUUAA